AUGGCUUUCAUCCUCACAAACAUAAUACCUGCGCUUUCUACAUCAAAAGGGAUAGUACAGCACCGCAACACACUUUACUUCUCAUCAUCAAACACAAUAUAUGCACUGAAUAAUCAUAGUACCACGUUUAUCGUUGAUCUUCACGGUGAGAUAAUAGAUUUGCAGAGCAACGGCGCGUUCAUUUUUGCACAGACCAGCGAAAAACUUUAUAUGUUGAAUCAAUCCAAGAUAUUGGCAACGAUGAAGAUGAAGGGUGCAUUCACAGUUACUGAUACGUGCUUGGUUGUGGGUGACAAGGAGCUUUUCAUGUAUGAAUUGCCUGUUAGGUACAAUUUGAUCAUGUUUAAGCGAAUUGGGGAUGUGCGAGCGCACAGCGAGAAUGUACUGAAGGUUAAAGUACUUGAGGAUGGGAUUGUUUUGAGUGUUGGAAAAGAUUCUACCGUAAGGAUGAGCAGUUUUAGGGACGGAAGGAGCAAAGUGCUGUGUUACCACCGCGAGAUGCCGGUUGAUGUAUUUUUCUAUGAGGACCUGCCUGAAGAAACUAGCGAAGAGAACGCGGGGGAGCGUGCGAAUCAAAAAGAGGAUUGCAGCAUGUAUGAUGGAACGAAAGGGAGAGAAGGCAAGAAUGAAGAUGCCGGUAAAUGUAUUCAUGUAAUUGGUUCUGGUGAAGGAAACGGCAAGGAUACACGUGGUGAAAAUUGCACUGGCAACACUGCAGUUGAUAAUGAGAGACCAUCUGAUAUUCUUGAAACGCUUUCUAAGGAGUAUUUUAUUGUUACAGUCUCGCAGCGUGGAACGAUAAACACAUUCAGCACAAAACGAAGAAAAAUAGUGAAAAGGAAGUUCUUAGAUAGGAAUAUACUGUGUGCAUGCCGUAUGAAUGAUCGGCUGUUUCUAUUGAGUGAUGAAAAUGUAGUAUUGGUUGUUAAGGAUGAUGAUGUUUGUGAGUAUGGCGUGGAUAUCUGUGCGUACGAAAUGCGUGUUUUGGACCAAAAAAUCGUGCUAAGGGGCACAAAUGGCAUCGCUGUUUACGAAUAUUUGUGCGUUAAUACCGGAGACAGACAAUUUUUCAAAAAACGCGGAGCACGGGAUGCCAAUCUUCUAGCCUCUAACCCUACAAACACCGAAGAUGAAAAACAGAGAGAGUCGCUUUGCUGUUUGUAUUCUAUUCCAUUGUGCAAAAUCGUAGAUUUUUGUGAAAACAACGAUGUGAUGCUGAGCUGUGCAGAUAAUACGGUGCGCAGAGCUAACCUAACCAAUAAUACGUGCUACUUUGGGCGUAGCACCACAGAUGUUUUCAAUGUUGACGAGCCGAUCUUCAAAAUAUUCUACAGGUGUAACGUUCUGAUUUGCAUCACAGAGACGUGUCUCGUAAAAGCGUAUGAUGUGAAGAAUGGCACGCUGUUCAGGGAAAUUAACCUUGGUUUCAAGGUGAGCUGUGCAGAUGUAAACGAGGAUAACUCUGUGCUGUUUGUUUGUAACUACGACAGCUACGAGAUAAACGUUGUGGACAUAAGACGAUCAAAAAUAGUUGAUACGCUGAAAAUGAGUGCUAUGAUAAGAAAAAUGUGUUACUUCAACAACAGCGUAUACUUCUUGAGCAUGGACAACCAGCUCAUUCGUUAUUUCUUCAUGAAUGGACGGAUGGAAAACUUCGAAAUCAAGAAAACAAUUUACGAUUUCGAACUAAGCAAUAAUAAUGUGAUAGUGUGCCUGGAGAAGGAGAUUUUGGUGGUUGAUGGCAGCUUUGGUAUUGUAAAAUCGUUCAAUUUGAAGUUUGUGAGCCGAAGCAGAAAUGAAAUGUUCAUCAGCAACAAACCGUGUACAAGCUGCUCGCUCACAUACGAUGGUACCACUCUUGUGUGUGGUGCACAGGCAAACGAGAUUAAAAUAGUUGAUUUGAAAACGGGAUGUGUCAUCCAGACACUCAAGUUGUCGCGUAACAAAGAAAAAGAAAAUUACAAGAAGAGACUUGGUGUAGAAAGGAAGGACGAAUUCAAACACACAGAUGUAAUCGAGGCGAUGAAGAUUAAGUACGUGCCGAAUGGAUUUCUGGUGUUGACACGUGAGAGUGUGUUUCUCUUCAAGGUAAGAAAUCUGGAGAUAGAGAAAGGCGCAUUCUUAACAAAAAUGGAUGAGAACGAGAUAAAGGAAUCGUUGCAAGAGCGCAAAUAUGUUCGUGCUCUGCUGGGCAGCAUCAACUCAAGAAGCAAGGCCAUGAUUAAGGAAUGCAUACGUGAAACAUGCGCAGGUCGGAUUGAUGAGAUCAUCAAGAAUGUGAGGGAGGAGGAUGUGGCGUAUUUGAAGAGCGUUAUCAAUGAAAUAAUGUUAGAAGAGCAGAUAUCGUAUCAAUGUAUGGUUUGGUUAAGGUCAUUAAUUUAUAAUUUUACAGGUAAUCUGGUGGAAAGUGAUUUAGAAAUUAUUAAAAUGCUACGAGCUGCUUUGAAAUGAGAAAUACAUACCAAAUAUGGGGAUAGUUAUCAUACAAAGCGGUUCAUCUGGCAUACAGGAGAUCACACUUUUCCAUAAAUAAACGACAUUUGAUCUACUCAUCGAUUUCCCAUUGAACAUGCCCGGUUUUAGUUUAACUGCUUAUAUUUCCGCCAAAUAGGUAAAUUUAUCGUUUAACUGGUUCUAGG